CUUGCGCCCGACAGGUUCCGGAUAACAGACAUGGGCAGCAGCGCCGAUGGCAGCAGGUUGGUGGGCGGGCCGGUCCUUGGCCACCUGGACAUGUUCCAGCGCAUCCUCGACGAUGCACAGUCGAGGAAGUUGCACAGCUGGAACAGCGUGGCCUUGCACCGUGCGUGGGAAUGGGCGUUGUACCUGCAGCAGCAAGCGCAGCCGGCUCCAACUUCAACCACAGCCGCGCAGCUUCGCAGCGCACCGCGCGACGUGCUUACUGCAGUCGUAACCUCACCAUUUCUUCUGACGCACCCGAGCCGCCUGGAGCUGCUCCAUGGACUCUGCGACCUCUACCAGCGUGUGGACGACCCAAGCCAUGCGCUCGCCAGCGACAUCAUCCACUGGCUGGAAGAGCAAGCGACAACCGACGCGCUCUACGAUCUCGCCCAUGUCCUCGGCGAUGCGCUGCCAUUUUUGCAUGUCACUCUAGCCCACCAAACCCUUCGAUAUCCGGCCUUUGAUCACUGGCAGCUGCAGCGUCGGACGCUACAGAUCGCAGCGCUCGCCAACAGCUUCCAGCAGCAGCUACUCGCGACGACAAAGUCUCGUGACGAGUGCCAAGCGAUCGUGGUGGCGUUCUUCAACACCGCCUCGUCGACCAGCGACGUCUACAGCCUCGAAAAGGACAUUAUAGUCUUUGCUGCGCUACUGCUACCGUGGCCAUCGACGGCGACUGCUUCGCACUGUCAUGUUGUGGACGCGGUCGCAUCGCUUGUGACGACCCACCCAGUACAGCUGCUAGACCUCUCACCAUGGCUCGCAGCUCGGCUCUGCCAGCACCAACCAUGUAUCGCCCAAGGGUACAUUGCAGCACUGGUGGCGCACGCGCUCGCGCGGACAUCAAAGGAAGCGGAUGCCCAUGAGACGAGUGUGCGCCUCGGGACGCUCGUGCACGGCCAUGAUCAGCUGCUCACCGCAUGCGAAGCCAGCUUCGCAGCACUCGAGCCGUCUCUCCGCCACAAGCUCGUGUCGUCAUCGCCAGCUCUGUAGCCGGACAUUUGUGUUGUCGCUGCUUCUGCGAUCACAGUGUCAAUAUAUCAACUUGGUCGUUGCCGAUCACAAAAACUCUGUGAAAUC